CUUUUGUGACAGUAUUUUAAUAAAUUCUUUAUUUGUUGGCUUACCUGGUCAAGUUCUUUAAACCUACAAUAUGUGGAACUUGUUAUCGGUUAGCGGAUCGGAUUACUCAUAGUCUAAACUCGGAAUCAUUAUUGAUCGCUUUUGAAGAAUAACAAUGUUAAAAAGGUUUGUCUUUGAGGUCAUAAUAGGACCAUUUUUAUACAUCAUGUACGGUUAUUAAAUACAGACUCUUGAUUAAGCUUCAUGUAUUUGGAACGUUUGUAGAUAUGAAAAGGCAUUUGAGUUAGUCGGUAGGAAAAUUCUUUUUGUAUCUUUUGUAUAAACGUUUGUUUGAUAGCAUGAAUUUUACAAUUUUAUAACCCAGUAGAUUCUAAUUUGACUCUUAUAUCGUCUUGUGCUCAGUUAAACGCCUUCAAAUUUCGCUUACUUCUUCAACAACAACAAAAACGGCUUGAUUUAAAAACAUCUAUUUAAAUGUAUUUUAUGUGUUGUCCUUUAAAUAAAAUGUUGUUCCUCUAAGAAUAAGUUUAAAAUAGUUUAUAAAAAUAUUUAUGACAUAAAACUAGGCAGUAAGAUGUUUUAUAGGUGUGCAAGUAUUUUUAACUUCAUGAGGGAUAAAUGAAUUGGUUCGGGGUCACAUGAAUGUGCUACUUAAAAUGACAAAUCACGACCACACCGUUUAGACUAUGCAAUAUAACACUACGCUUUUUUGUACAAUAAAUGCAGUAGAUUUUUUUUGCAUGCUUAUGGUAAAAGAAACUUAUCCUUUCCUUGCAUAUCUUCAUGUUUGUAACAUUAUGCAUUUACCGUCUAACAAACACCUGCAUUGUUCUAGAAAUAAGAGUAAAUGAAAGUCGCGCAUUAUUUCAGACGAAACACUGAUUUAAAAUCGAGAAAGAUCAUAAAAUUAUAAUUACAUAAUAUAUAUUUACAGAAAGUAAGUUGCGACAUCAUAUGAUUAUGCUAUUGAUUAAUGAUAUCGUCAAAAUAAUGUUGGUUUUGAUUAAAAGUGGAUUCGGUUGUUAGUUUAAACAUAUUAUAUAUUCAGAAUACAGCAUACAGACAUUUUAAAAAAAUAACAACCUUGCAAAUAUUUUAAUACACAGAAGGGAUUUUGAUGGAAGCAUAUUGUUAAGUAACGAGCAUAUUAUCAUCUUACGAAGUGUGUACUAAAUCUAUUGAUUUAUAUCUGAAUAUUUUUAAAAAACUAGAAAAAAUAAUAGACACCAACGUUUAAAGUUUUGGAAACAAAUAAUACGUAUUGAGAAUAAGCACAUAGACAGGAAAUAACUAUAAAUUUAGUUUAGUAGGUACUAACAUAUAAAUUAAAUCGCAGAAUAAUAUUGUAAUAUUUAAUCACCAGGUUGCUGUGAUAUAUAAUGAAUAAUUACAUUUAUGUAUUUUCAUGUUGCAGUAAUUAAACUCCUUGAAUAAAGUAGAAAUAUUAAACAGUCAUUUAAUACUUAUUAACACUCUAAAUACACAGGUGUAAUAAAUUAAAUAAGAAUAAAAACGGUAUCAUGACGGAACCAAUAUUUAAACAGUUAGUAUUGUGUUAAAGCGCCCUCUGUUGGAUUUACAAAGAGCAUUACUUGAUUUAUCGUUUUUAUCAAUUUAAGUCUAAUCAAUAUACCUUUAAAAGUCAUAUCUUUAUUAAAUUUAUUUAAAUGCAGGCUUUAUUAAAGCGACCGUCAGAUUUUCUAAAUGUUAAAUAUGCUAUUUUAGAUAUUUUUGUUAAAUGUAAUCAGAGGAAUUAAGGAGGAAGACGAAGAAUUACAUAAACAAUAAGGAAUUCAUUGUAUACAUGUACCUCUAAUCUAAUGGUCCGCUGUCUAUAUUUAGAUAAGUAAAUCGGAUACUUGGUUUUCCGAUCUUCUAUCUUUAGAAACUUUGGGAAAGACUUAACAGUGAUCCAUGAUGAUCUUUUCCAAAUUUGAAAUAAUACAUAAUUGUUUUUCAAACAGAAAAUAAAAGCUGAAGGCAGCUCUAAAGAUCAUUUUUCAACAAGAUGAAAAUCGUUUGUGUUUUUGUAUUGAGUGGAAUGUUUAUUUUUGCAGCAAAUCAGAACAAUGAAAAAAAGGGGUUUCUGUCCAGCAACUCUUGGGAAACAUGUAAACCUUUCAUGGCUUAUUGUUUCUGGGAUCGUAGCGACAAUGACGACAUACUUGUGCACUUCAUAUCAAAUGUGAUGAACAGAACAACAAGAGGUACAGAAAUUGUCCUAGACACAGGUGAUUCUAAAAAGAUUAACUUUACAAAUACUGAUUCGCGAACAGUGGGUGCGGCAGUUUUGAAAGUGAAAAACGAAACGCGGGUACGCGAAAUUAACAUUAUUUCCUAUGUUUCAUUGAAUGACAUUUCAAAACUUUUACGUUUACAAGCAGCUGAUGAAAGAGCUUUCGAGUUCUUUUUCUUUGUAAAUGAAAAAACUAAAAUAGAUCAAGAAGAAGCAGCACUUAAAGAAUUCAAGAAAUAUAAAGUAUUCGUUGCCUAUCAUGGACCGGCUCCUGUACCAUACUAUUGGAAAUCUCUGGCCACGGAUGAACACCAUUUGCUGCAUCUGAAACACAACAUAGAAAAAGAGCUUUUGCUUUUCGAGAACGUCAUAUGUCAUGAUUCUAGACUAUAUUGUAACAAUGACAUGCAUUGGAACGGUUCAGAGUGCUCAACGUGCUCAUAUAUAUGUACCCAGACAUCAUCAGAAUCAGAAUAUUGUACAAAGGAGUGUCCGUAUUUCAAAUACUUUUAUUCAGCAGAAGUUAAACAAACAGAUGGAGAUAUUAAAUUCAAAUGCGAUUGUGUUUCUAUCAACGAGCUGGUCAUAGCCCUCAUAGUCCUUGGUGCUAUUUUUCUUUUGCUUUUGUGUUUCAUUAUUUUCAACCAAAUAUCGGAUCAUGUUACAAGCAAAUGUAAGCAUAUAACAUGGUUGAAUACUAAUGUUGAAGAAGAAACAGAUAAGGUCCGCCAUAAAGACGAUUCAGUUGAUUCAGAAAAUGAAUCCACAAGACUUACAACAGGAAGAAACAACGUUAAAGAUGAGUGUAAGUUCUCCCUUCAUGGCACACAAAGCCGAAAAAGAAAACCAAAAAGGGUUAACAAAGGUAAAGAAACCUUGAUUUCGUGAUAAGUUUAUGGUGCGAUAUGUAGGAAUUCUUCAUUUAGAAAAGCAGUGACACACAAACAUUUCAUCUUAUGUGUAUCUUGAAGGGCAUGGGUAAGAGGGAUAUACUUGCCCAACAAAACGGGUCCUUUUGUGCUGUAGAAUAUUUUGUUUUAAAUUAUAUAUAUAUGUAUGCUUCGUGUUGUUUGGAAGUGCAUUAAUAUCAGCAUGUGUGAUCUAAGUGCAUUGAAGGUUUGACUUUACUGAUAAAUCUUAGUUAGUGAAGAAUAUUUUUCUUCGUUUCCAUUUCUGCCUUUAUAAGUUUUGUCUACUUCAAUCGUGAAAAUACCUUGUAGUUUUUAUUUUUGAAAUUUAGUCAUGCAAAACGUACAUGAUGCUUUUGGAUCUAGGCACAAUUGCUAAUAUAUAUUUAAGAGAAGCUCAACAAUCAAUACUUAAUUAAGCUUGUUUUAUGUAUUUUAUAUUUAACUUUGUUAGUUCAGGGAAACGUCAUCCAGGAAAAUAAAGUAAGACAAAAUCUCACCAAUGCACAAUACACAGAAUAACUACAAAUCUUCCAAAAGUUACAUGUCAUUUGGUGCACGUUACCGAAACAGACCGGUAUGUUAUCAAAGCAUGUUUUUAAGAUAUUGCGACAAAAAAAAAAAAUAUAUAUAUAUAUAUAUAUAUUGGUUUGUGGCUAUUUCUUGGAAACAUAGUGUAUCAGCUGACUUAAAAUUAGUGUGAUCAAAAGGAAUUUCCUUUUAUAAAAGUCAUUCAGACAAAAUCUCUUUUCACAAACACGAUACAAAUUAAGUAAGCUAUUUAUGGAGGCAGCAUAUUAAUGUUCCGAAAAUAACUUUUUUCUUUUUUGAACAUUUAAUACAGCUGAAAAUUAGUCAAACUUACUUUGUCUACUUUAAAACCUGUAUUUACUCUUUGAAUAUAUGAGCUAACGUAACUAUGUUUAAAUAAAUCAAGGAAAGAGACCUUAGCCAACAAUAAAAAAUGUAUUGUCUGAUCGUGUUAAUGUUUCGUGCAUAAAAGCAAUAUCUUGGUCUACAGAACUUUUUAUACGUAUUGAUGAAUUUAAUUAUUUUAAUAUAAGAAUGACAGAACAUAGUUUUCUUAUGAACAAAAAAGUAUCAUUGUUGUUUUUCCUUUCCCACUGUAUGCAUUAUAACAAGUCAAAUUGGGCUACUCCUUGUGAAAGUCAAAUAAAACACAUUACACAUGCAUCGCUUUUUUCUGUUAUGUUUUUAUUUGUAGAACAUGUAUCUACAACAUAGUUAUUUCUAAAAUCUAUUUUAUAUUUUUAUAUAGAACAUGUAGAACAGACUGUGGCAUUAUUUAAAUCGUCUUGUCGUGUUUCAUCCGAAUAUGUUUACGUAUAAUUUCAAAUUUUAAAAUCCCACAUGUAUUUUAAUGCUAUUAUGCUCAAAACAAUUCUAAAUCAUCCAAUUUGCAACGAAAUGUAUUGCCUAUCACAAAAUGUAUAUCGGGGAAGAACCAUUUGUUGAUGUUGUAAGAACUCGUGGUUCAACCAUUUUGCUACUUUUUUGUUGAAAUUAUGAUGACAUACUGUUUUAAAUGUGUAGAAAAAGAGCAACAAAUAUAUCUUAAUAACAAAUGUAUAUAAAUGUAUAUGUUUACCUUAUACAGAUCUAUAAAACUGUUCUUUAAUUAAUUGCCUAUAUCUUACGACAUUUAGAUCAUUGUUGUACAGUCUGGGGGAAUUGUAACAAUGAACAUAUUUUGGAUAUAAUAAAUUUUCAGAAAAGAGCUGCAAGAAUCAUUCUUGACAAAAGCUAUGAUGCUAUGAGUAUUUUGUGUUUUCAUGUAUGUUUUUUUUUUGUGUUUUCAUGUAUGUAUUUUGUGUUUCAUGUAUGUAUUUUGUGUUUUCAUGUAUGUUUUUUGUGUUUUCAUGUAUGUAUUUUGUGUUUUCAUGUAUGUAUUUUGUGUUUUCAUGUAUGCAAUUUGAAAAUUUCAUUGUAUAACCAUGAUGUAAAUAAUGUAGAUUUUAUGUAUAUUUGUGUUUAUAGGCCCUAAUGAAAGAUUGGGUAACCAAAUAUGUAGCAUCAGUAAAUAAUCACUCACUCACUCACUCACUCACUCACCAACUCACUCAUUCACUCACUCACUCACUCACUCACUCACUCACUCACUCACUCAUUAUGUAACUUACUUACUAUGUAACUUACUUACUAUGUAACUUACUUACUUUGUAACUUUCUUUGUAACUUACUAUGUAACUUACUAUGUAACUUAAUUUUUAUGUAACUUAAUUAUUUACUUAGUAUGUAACAUCACUUUUGGAUUGCAUAUUAGUAAGUAGGUUGUUCGUUGUCAAAAUAUUUACCACUGCCAUUUUGCUGGUUCGAUCAACUGUCGGGACGAAAUCUCUCGGACAUUAAAUGCUCAUUUUUUCUCCCAUCGCUGAUUUAGAAAUCAUGCAGGAUUGCUAUUUUUCGGAGAGUAAUAACUGGCUAGUUAUCCGGGCAUGUGUUUUAAUCGGGGUAUAAAACGGAUAAACAAUCAAACAAAUAAGCCUAAUCGAUCUUUCCAUUCAUAUUUUGUAUUCUAACUGAACUUCUUUUCAUUUCGUCAAUUCCUAUUCAAUAUGAUUAUUCAAAGGAAAAUGUGAUUUAGAAAAUUAAAAUAGAGAAAAUGGAAUUUUUAAAGAAUGAUAAAAACGGUAACAUUGAAUAUGUUAAGGUUGCUGGACACGACACACUGAUAAUUAUUAUUGAUUGAAUUGAGCCUGGUCACUUAAAGCAAUGGAGGGCAAAAAUAACGCUAUCUCUCUAGGAUAUGUAUGAACAUUAUGGUAACUUACUUUAUAACCAUGUGAUUAAAUUCGUCGAUGAUAAUGGAAUCUUCGUUGUGAAACUUUAAUUAAUUUCCAAAAUAAUCGACACAUUGUUCUUAUUUAACGGACGUAUAACAAUUUAUUAUAUACUUAUAAGAGUAAUAUUGAUGAAUUAAAAUGCUUAUUUCCAUUUUCCGUAUUUUCACUAUAAAAAAAUAUUUUUCACUGCACUAAAACAUAUUUUCCGUAUUUUCACUGGUGUCUUGCUGGACUACUUUCUUCUAGAUUCAUCUUUCAUAUAAUAAUGAUAAAAAGAGAACAAUGUAUAUAAUAAACAGAAUAUUCAAGAUUUCCGUGUAAAUACAAGAUUUAUUAUAAUCUUGUGGUAUGAAAAUCAUUAUAUUUCACUCGUGGCUACCGCCAUUCAUGAACUAUUAAUUUUUCAUACCACUCGAUGAAAAUCAAUCCUGUAUUUGUAGAAAAAAAGUUGAAUAUCCUCUAUAUAUUUUUGUAAACUAUAAACUUAUUUUUUCUCAGCUAACCAGUGAAAUACUUGGUUUUACCCUUGAAAAACAAAUCCUUAUUACUCCGUAUAUAUGUAAAUUGACAUUAAAAGUUCUUCAGUUUUGUCUGUAUUUGAUUUUUUAACCAAAUUCUAUUUUUCAAAUGACAUCAUAUUGAUUGCUUAUAUUUACCAUUUAAACACAACAUGAUUUAUGCACAUCUUUUUACUAUUAUUGACACAAUGUUGGAGGAGACAAAUGUUUAAUGUUAUUAAAUUGUGUAUAUUUAUUCGAUUAUUUUUUUUAUUUAAGUUUGAAUGUGACAUUGUAUCUGUUUUUCUGUUUCGAAAGGAAUACAAAAACACAACAAUAAAAUAAAAUCUAGGAAAAAUUUCCAUGACAUGUUUAGGGUUCUAUUUCUUCAUUCGCUGUACAUUGUCUGAUAGUUUCUUAAGAUAUAUCGGAAGAUAUAGCCCUAGAACUAGAUUUAUAUAUGACUUAUUUUUUUAUGGUCUUUAUUACAUUUUCUGAUUUCUUCAUGUCUAUACAUUAGAUCUUCUGAUAUAUUGAAGUCAUUUUAGGAAGUUAUGUGGGUCACAUCUUGAGCUUAUAGAGCUUCAAUGUUAU